AUGAAUUCUGAAAGGGUUACACUUUUAACCGAUUCAAGCAAAAGACCAGCGAGCGCAAACACCCCGAAUCCAAACUUGAAGGAUCUUUCUCGUCAUGCUAGAGCAAUUGAAGAACACUUACAUCAUGUUCAUCCAAGUGAGGUAGGAACGUACAGAGUCAAUGAACUAUACAAAGUGCAUGGCGAAGCAGAAAUUCAGCGUAAUAAACAGCAACAUCAUAUGAAUGUAGAUUCGCAAAUGAUGCAAGGACAUGAAAACAUCAAAGCAGGUGAUAAACGAGUACGUAAAAUGUUACACGGUACCCGAGCUGAAGAAAAGCAAAAGGAAAUCGCUAUGCACGACAACUACAAUAAUGCAAAGGAAGAAAGAGACAAACAUAGAAAAACUAUGCGAAAUAUUAAAUCUGAUGCUAGAAUCCAUCAAAAAGCGGGAAAUUUUGUUGAACAAGAUGUGCGAUUUGUGACACAAAUGAAUUUUGAUCAUUCUCGUCAGCUUGGAUUCCGAAAAGAUGGAAGUCAUGUUUCAUCGGUUCCAAACUCUCCAACGGGCUCCCCACGUGGAUCUCCCAGUAGCUCUCCUCAUGGAUCCCCAGUUGGCUCACCGCGUGGAUCUUCCAGUGCCUCUUCAGGUAAAUUUUCAAGUAGCUCACCCAAUCGUUCAACAAGUGGCCCUGGACCUUCACACAAGACCACUGGCGCUUAG